AUGGCUGAAACUGUAGAGACGGUAAAGCUAAGUGUGAGGCUUCUCGUAGAUGAAGAGAAGAACAAGGUUGUCUUGGCUGAAACUGGUAAAGAUUUUGUUGAUGUGCUCUUUAGUUUUCUCACACUCCCAAUGGGAACCAUUGUCAGAUUGCUUGAGAAACAUCGGAAAUCGCCUCAAGUGGUUGUAGGAUGUCUAAAAAAUCUUUACAAAAGUGUUUCAGACAUGGGUGCUGAGAGUUUUCAGACAGAAUCUUGCAAGCAAGUGCUAAUGUAUCCUAGGAGUGUGAAUCAUGAUAAGUACAGAAGGGUUAAGCUGAAAAUAGAUGACACUGAGGCUGUCAACUACUUUGUUUGCUCACGUUGUGACUUGAGUGAAUCCUUCACAAGAUUUUACAGCAUUGUGAACACCGAGGAAUGUGGGUGUGGAAGAUUUGUAGACUCGAAGAUUGUUAGAGGAUUGAUGAAUAGGAAAAUUCAACUGGAAGAAGAGAAAGUCCAAGAGAAUAUUAUGAGAAAUGAGAGUGAUGAAUUUUUUGUCAGUUCUGAGACUUCUUUCGUCAUAACCGAUGAUCUGCUUCCCUCGUAUUAUAGUUGUCCCAAACAGUUACUUGAUGUUGUCACUGAGCAACAAGAAAUCUAUUACAGUUUCUAUCGCUACAGAAGUGGAAGAACCUCUGACCAUAAGUUCACUAGAAAGAUGCCUGAUUGUCUUAACUCUCAAAGUGAAAGCAACCUGGACAUGUAUGAUAAGCACAAAAAAGCUGGUGCUAGAGUUUUAUAUAUGAGAAGUUUUGGGUUUGUGAGGAGAAACACAAGGUUUUUGGUAACUGAUGAUUUGGUUAUCAAACCGAAGGACUCUGUUUCAAACAUUAGUUUGCUAAAGUUGCAAAUGCACUUAGAGGAGAAAGAUGUUGAUGAACAAGUGAUCACCAUUGGGAGACUGGAGGCUAUGAAUUUGCUAAGAGCUUCAAUGAUGACAUCUUCAGCUUUGACUACUUGUUUCUGGAACUUAAUCGCAAAGAAAGCCAAAGAAGAAUCUUGA